AUGGCUUUAGUUGAUGCCGAUUACUGUUUUACAGUCAUUGAUAUUGGAAGUUAUGGAUCUAAUAGUGAUGGAGGGAUUUUUUCAAAUUCACUACUGGGUCAAAGGCUGGCAGAGAACCAACUUAAUCUGCCUGUUCCUAUUGAUCUGCCUAGGGCUUCCUUAUUAGGUAAGGUAAACGCAAUAUGGUUUUUCUGCAUCUCACUCGAUUGAACUUAUUCGCAGGGCCACAGGUUCAACUCCUGUCAAGGGUCCUAGUGUUGCAUGCUGUCCCCUGUUAGGUCUAAAAUUGUUAUAUUAUUCCACUCUAAUUAUCUAUCUAGUUAAACCAUUAACUUUAUUCUUCUUAUUAGGUCCUAUGCCAUAUGCAAUUGUUGGAGAUGAGGCAUUUCCUCUUAAAACCUAUCUUUUUCGUCCCUAUCCUGGUCGAGAUCUUUCAAUUGAUAAGCGUAUAUUUAAUUACCGGCUUUCCAGAGCCCGCCGAAUCUCAGAGAAUGCAUUCGGAUUAUUGGCUCAGCGAUGGCGUAUCUUUCAGAGGCGUAUUAAUUUACACCCAGAGCAAUGUGAAAAGGUUGUCCAGGCAUGUUGUGUUCUCCACAACUACUUGCAGAAAUCUACUGGUAAUAGCACACCAAUUAAUGUUCAAGAUGAAAGAGAUAGCCUUCAAGAAUACCAAGCCAUGCAAAAUCUUACAAACAUGGGAUGUAGAGCAUCAGCUGAUGCAUAUUCUGUUAGGGAUAAGUUUAAAGUCUAUUUUUGCAUGGGUGAUGGAGAAGUUCAAUGGCAAUACACUACAGUCCAGAGAGGAUUCAACCGUAGUACCUGA